UCCAAGCCCCACCCAUCGGGGCGGCGACACGCUAACCCAGGAAGACAGUUGUGUUUUUAAUGGGUUGAAGUUCACCAACAAAGCAAGAGUUUGUUUUUUGCGUUUGGGUGCCUGCAAGAUAAAAUACAUAAUACAAAUAACUAACUCAAAAACCGCUUGACAUAAUUGAUCUGAUCUCUAACGGCUGCAUCCUCUUCGAGUUUAAGAACACAAGCAUAUAUAAUAUAUAAUAUAUAUAAUUUCUCUUCUCAGUGUCGGGACUCUCGAAGCACUGAUCAAAAUGCAGACCGCGCUGUUGCACGUCGCUUUUUUCUGCAGCCUCUGCGUUGCAAUAGCGAUGAGCGGAGUUUUUGACACCGUGCUGGUGGACCUGGGACACGAACAUUACGCAGAGAAGCCGGUGAGCCAGCUCCCAGCGUGCCUCGCCAUGCCCUUUAACUCCCUGGUCAACCUGGGCUACGUGCUGUUGGGAGUUUACUGGCUGCGAAACAGGACCGAGGGAAGAGGGGCUUAUUUCAAAGACGUCUUUGCACUGAUGGCUCUGGCUUACGGUCCCAUACAGUGGCUUCGCAUUGCUACGCAGGGUCGCCGGCCGGCCGUGCUGGAUCAAUGGUUCACGCUGCCGAUUUUCGCGUGGGUGCCGGUUUGGUGCAGCUAUAUCUCCGGCGGGUGGAGCCCCCGUUAUGCCCUGGUCGUGGAAGUCGCCUCUCUCUGCAGUUACGGGCUGGCUUUGUCUCACGACCUCGGGUUCGAGCUGGCACUGGGCUUGCACGUCGCCUUCGCCGUGGUCCAGGGUCUCCGAGUCCAGCGGCGGUUCGGAGACCGCCAAUCCCUGGCGUAUUUGGGCGCGGCGGUCCUGUCCUGCGUGGGUUUCGUGGUUUUGAAGUUGCUGGAUCGCCGCCUGGCCGAGCAGUCGUGGAUUUUUCGCCACCUGAGCGGACAUUUCUGUUCCAAAGUGUGUGACGUUUUGCAGUUUCAUUUCAGUUUUCUUUUUCUGUGCCGCCUGACGCGGCGAGAGAAGCAAGCGCGCUCCAAAUAAAUUUGCGAACUUGAUAAGUAAAUAUCUGGCUGUACCCCCGAAUAGAUCAUCUGUCUGCUCUUUAAAAAAAAAAAAAAUAUGUUAACGAGCAAGACAUCUCACAAGCAGAUUGGUAACCUGAAAUGUUCUCCUUUUUUUUUGAAAAGACUUAAUUGUAUGUACAAAAAAACAUUAAAUUACAAAUUUAAGUACUUGUUUUUGUUGUUAGUUUGUAACACAUUGAAAACACACCCCUAUCGUUUAAACAAAUAAUAAUAAUAAUAAUAAUAAUAAUACACAUACAGCUAAAAUAUGUACCUAUAAUUGGGCAAUCGUUUUAUAUCUGUCAUUGUAUUUAUCUUGCUCUUAAUUGUAUUAUUACUUGCACUGGGAUUCUUGAAAUGUAUUUUUGUUUACGACUGUAAGUCGCCCUGGACAAGGGAGUCUGCUAAGAAAUAAAUAAUAAUAAUAAUAAUAAUAAUAAUAAUAAUAAUAAUAUCUAGGUCGCUUCUGGUAAAGCACGCAGUGAAAGAGCGCCCUCUUGUGGUUAAAAUGUAACUUUUGCAGGCUGACUGUCCAGCAGCACCCCCGUUUUUACACAGUAAUUUAAUGUAAUGUUUUCACAGCCAGUAUUUUUCUAACGACAUUUAAAGAACAGGUUCCGUAUACGCAGCGAAGAAAUGCUUAGAAGUUCGUCAGUGUGUCUCUG